AUGUUCAGCACGAUUAGAAAUUGGGGCAGCGGUAGCAAGAGGACGCUAGUCCAGCGAUACACCGACGAGCUCUCGCAGAUCACAGGCGAAAUUCACGAGCUGGACCGCAGCCUGAAGACCAGCCAGCAGGCGAUGGAUAACAUGCAAUCUGUGCUGACAUAUAACGGGAGCGGCCUAGUAAUUUCCGUGUUUGCGUACUUAUAUUGGAAGUGGGACGGCAACUGGUUCAGGAUCGCAGCGGGCGUUGCUGCGUGUAUAGCACUUCUGGCAGUGGUGAAGUACACUGCCUACCGAACUGGCCAAUGGAAUAGGAGCCGUCAAUCGAGGAAGCUGGCAAAGCUACGGGCGCUGCACCAGGAAAAGCUGGAGAAGCUGAAGGAGGAGACGAAUUACCACGCAACGAAUUCCAUCAUACAACGGUUCUCGCAAGGGGAAGACCAGUCUGAGGAUGCCAUGAUCCUCAUGGAUGAAGAGCUACGGGACAAAUACAGAGAGCUCAGCGAUCUGAAAGACGAGCUAGCCCAGUUCAAACAGGAGGAUAAGCUGAACGACAAGAAAGAAAGAGACAAGUGGUUCGACAAAGUGAUAAACGCACUCGCGGGCGGCGACACCGUCAACAGGAUGUUCCUACCGAUUGCGUGUCCGAAGUGCAAAGCGCAAACCGGCGCCUAUCGCCUCGGCAAUUUAGCGUUUAGGUACGUCUGUCCAGUGUGCGGCUACGCCGAGCCGCAACAGGCGCCUGUGGAAGAAAAGAGUCGCUGA